AUGCACGUUGGUUAUUCAUACAUCCCACCCUCUCACGUCAAUAGACAGCCAAUCAUUUUGGACUGGUUCGCCGAUGAAGUUAUCUCACUUUUACAGCAUGUUGGUUUUGCUGCAAUCAAAGACACGCAUAUCAAAAUUGCAUAUGUGCAAGAAGGCUCCAACAUGGGGUACCUGCAUCAUUCCAUAUACUUGAAUACACAUGUGUAUCCUGGAAUAUCAGUAAGAUUUUCUGGACUUGUAGGGGUUUACCAAGAUUCACCGUGCACAUUGCAGUCGAAUCAGUUUAUUGUGCCCAACGGUUGGAGAGCGAAGGUCGUCGAUCCUAUUGCAAAUCUGGUGCACGAUUUCUUCCAUAAUCCAGAGCCUUCUCACAGGAAUAUUUUUUUGGAUUUGGUCGUCUGUCCUGCUCCUGUCCUCCCUGUUGCUGGUUAUACUGCUCUGAGUCCAGUGGGCAUGUUGUUUACCCCAGAUUCUGUAUCUCUCUACAGUAACUCGGAUAUCUUUGCAAUGAGUGAGAGUGAUUGGAUGGACCCUACUCCCAUCUUGCCUGCAGCAUGCUCCAUCCCUUUAACGCUUCCACCAUAUGACCUAUCAGCCAUAUAUGUGAAUACUUUGUUGCUCCCGCAUGGUUCUGUCAUUGGCAUUCAGAGACCAUCUGUCUUCAUAGGGUGCAAUCUGAAUGUCUUUAUAGAAGGCAUAACUUAUAUGCCAACUUACCUGAAGAGUCACUUUCCUGCUGCAUGGACAAUUAUAUCUGAUGCCAGACUCAUGGCCAGAAAUUACUUGACUAUCAACCAAGGUGGCGAGGCUGCAUUCAGGUCAUACUGUGUGCAGGCGAUCACGGAAAUGCAGACUGUUGGUAGUGCUUCUCCUCAGCCCGCAGAGUCUGGACUCCAAUGCCGUGAAACCAGCAAGACCAAACUUUUGAAGCUCAUGCAUCCAGAUGUCAUUGAACUGCUAUACUCCGAACGGUCUGCAUUUAUGAGAUCGGUGAGGACUUGCAUGCAGAGUUUCAUCGAGGAGCUGAAGAAAGCUGGUUUGGCCGGAUUUUCUUUGAAGACCAAAACACCUGCGGAGGUUAAGGCACUUAUCCAGCAUCUUACCAACAUGACAGGUUGGGAAAGUGAUGUCACAUCCAUUGCUUUUACAUUUGACAACAACAAUAACCCAUACCGCAAUAAGGCACUGUUGGUAAACCUUGCGCAUUGGAUUAUGCGACCCAUCAAUGGGCGUCCAGAGUCACUUCUUACUCUCUUUCCCAAGUCCUACAUGUCCCUUCCAAAACACCUCAUUGAUAGAAUAUGUAGUCUGACUAUCGCAUUCUUUAGGACAUAUCUUAGUGACAACAACCUCUCAUUUACCCAUGCCCUGGAUGAGGAACACUGUUGUCAGCUGCACUUUCUUACUAUGGCUCGCUCGGGCACUGAUGACCAAUCCAUGGCACUGGAACAUUGGCUUACCACAUGUAGCGGCCCUGACGGCUGGGAAACAACACUACGGCUGUUGGAAGAAUUUGCUUCCAUUAGUAAUAACCUUAUCACACUGCAUGAUGAUAGAUUGAGAUCGCAGACCACCGCCAUCUCUGCUGAAGAGAAUUUUACCGUCUAUUUCUGCCAUUCUACCACAAUAUUCAAUUUUUACAUCGCAACACUAUGGCUUGCUUUCAUCGCGCCUGUUGUGCACUUUCUUUCGGCCUUGACAAACACAUUUUCUGCUGUUGUCAUGGUAUCACUUAUCAUAUCCUAG